AUGGUCCUGGUUAUACAACUUCAGCGACUUCUCGUUAUCGUCGUCCGAGAACUUCGUACUCGUCGUCCGACUACUUCAGCGUCAUCUCGUUCUCGUCAUCCGUCAACUGAAGCUUCUCUUGGUUCAACGUCAAACAUUGAAUAUAAUAUAAAUUUAUACUUUAAAGAAUUUUUGUUAGCAUUUGAGAAACGAAAUGAACAAAUGUUGAUGGAAUUUGAGAAACGUAAUGAACAAAUGUUGAUGGAAUUUGAGAAGAGAAUGAAGGAAAAUGAAAUACUCGUUUAUGAAAACAUUGAACAUCGAAGACAUGUCUAUAAGUAUGAUUCAAGACCAAAGUCUACUGACAAACUGAUCUUAGCAUUGCAGGAAGAGUGGAUAAAAAAUUGA